CUGAUUUUAAUUCGCAUUUCUUGUCAAAGAUGUGAGGACUGCCUCUUGUCAUCUUUCUGUGGACGCAGCAUGGCGCAGGAGGAGGACGAACACAGCCUGGAGGCGAAAUUUGCCGCCGCGGUUAAAGUGAUCCGGAGUUUGCCAGAAGAAGGUCCUUUCCAGCCAUCUGAUGACAUGAUGCUGAUGUUCUACAGUUACUACAAGCAGGCCACCCUCGGACCCUGCCGCAUCCCCAGGCCCAACGGCUUUUGGGAUAACCGAGGCAAAGCUAAAUGGGAUGCGUGGAAGUCUCUGGGAAACAUGACAAAGGAGGAGGCCAUGAAGAAUUAUAUCGAGGAUAUCCAGCUGAUUCUGGAGACCAUUCCGGUCUCGGACGACGUGUCCGAGCUCGUGCAGAUGCUCGGCAGCUUCUACACGGAGGUGAACGGAGAGGGAGAAGAAGUGGAGGAAAAUGAAGUGGACAAGAGAGCUUUCACGAGGCCCUUUGCGGGACAAGCAGAUGAGCUGCUCAGAUCCAUUAAGAAACCAACAAUGGAAGGCUAUGGGGAUUUGUGGGAUGAUAUACAAAACGUCCAAGAGAUAGACAAAGACGGCAGCGCGCGUAGACUCAGUGUCAGUAACGAGGAGGGAAGCAAAGAAAGCAGCCAAGUGGAGAUGAAAGAGGGGAGUAGCGAUUGGUGGAGAAGUGAGGAGGAGGAGGAGGAGGCGGAGGCGGAGGAAGAGGACAUCCGAAGAGAAGAGGAAGACACGGAGGUGGAAAGAGGCUGGAGCCCCGACCCCAGGUUUUUGAUGGUGGACGACAAGAGGUGGAGGUCCGACACCAAGAGCUCCCUUAGCAGCGCGGAGCCCAGCACGUCCUCCGUCACCAAUGAAACCCACAGCUCCCUCAACAGCGAGCUGGAGGAGGAGGAACUGAUCUACUCCAUCGAGCCCUGCGCCCAGCAGAACCCGUACAUGCACUUUAACGGACACCUCAGUGAUCACAGCGAUCCUGCCCCUGAAGUGACCCAUCGAUCUGCGGACUCUGAUAACGAGGAGUUCUGUGACUCCAUGGAGCACCUGGCGAUGGAAGAGAAGCGGCUGUCUACGUCCAGGGGCCAGUCGCCGGGACCUGGGGCCGCCCCGGCCAGGCCGAGCGAUCUUUGGUUCGAGAGCAGCACCACCCUGAAAGAGGCCGAAGAGGACAGACGCUCGGACGAUUUCUGCGUGAAAGAUGGGCUCAGUCGCAGUUUAGACAGCGGCUCCUUGUCAAGAAGAGGCAGAGGCUCCCGGUCACCGCGGUCAGCGUGCAGAUCUCUGCGGUGCGUGAGCGCGGACGCCACGUGUGGCCGCGCGCCGCGGGGCGGACAUCCCUUCCCGGCGGCCAGGGAAAGCGUCAACGAGCAGAUCGCGGUGGCUCUGCUGAGGCUGCGGCACGACAUGGUGGACGUGAUGCACAGGCUGCAGGCCCUGGAGCAGCUGACCAGGUCACAGGUCAGCCACGCCGUCUGCUGCAUUUCCGGUGGUGCUGGCUGCACUCUGGCCUCUGAUCACUCAUUGGCUAGUCCUGCUUUAUCUACAACGGAAGAGAAGGUGACCCUACCUCUCAGCCACCUCAUCAACAUCCUCCACUCGCUUAAGAGCUCAGUGGGAAGCAGCAGCAGUGCCACCUGCAAGUCAAGAAAACACAAGGAGCAUGCUGCAGAUGUCGAGCUCCAUUGUACAGAGCCCGUGUGGAACCCACGAGAAUUGGGGUUUUCAGACCUCGGAAAACAGCAGCUGGAAGAGCUGGUGAGCUGUGUGUUACCCUGCUUGAGCCCAAAGGACUCGCCACCUCCUUUUGGUGGUCCGACGCCUUGGAGGACCAGCUAUGUCUCCGCUCACUCCUUUUACAACAAUAAGCAUGGGGCAUCUAUGUCUGCCCCGUUCUUCUCAAAAGGUCAGCGGUCCCCUCUCCAGAAUGUCAGCACAGAACUUCAACACUGGCCAGUGUUUCUUCAAAGCCGAGGCUUUAAAACUUUACGGAACAGAACCAGACGGGUGCAGUCGGCCUACGACCGUCCCGUGGACUCUGAUGCUUUUACACCCUCCUUCAUGAAGGGCUUCCUCACACGCGACAAGGGCGUCGAAGUCGAGAGCCUGGACGGCCUGUUGAAGAAUAAGGGCGUGCCCGACGCACAGCAGGAUUCCUUCAAGAGGGGGUUCGCUGAAGGUUUCCUCAAGGCCCAAGCCCUCACGCAGCGAACUCAAGGCAGACUCUCUGAGGAGGACACGUCUGAUCCUGCUGUGCGGUUCCGAACCACAUCAGGCCUCGACUCAGCGGUGGACCCGGUGCAGAUGAAGAACGUGACGUUUGAGCACGUGAAAGGAGUGGAGGAGGCCAAAAACGAGCUGCAGGAAGUGGUGGAGUUCCUGAAGAACCCUCAGAAGUUCACCGUCCUGGGGGGAAAGCUGCCGAAAGGUGUUCUGCUCGUGGGCCCUCCCGGGACUGGGAAAACCCUGCUGGCCAGAGCGGUGGCGGGAGAGGCGGACGUGCCCUUCUACUACGCCUCCGGCUCAGAGUUUGACGAGAUGUUUGUCGGAGUGGGAGCCAGCCGCAUCAGGAACCUUUUCAGGGAGGCUAAAGCCAACGCUCCCUGUGUGAUCUUCAUCGACGAGCUGGACAGCGUGGGUGGGAAAAGGAUCGAGUCGCCCAUGCACCCUUACUCCAGACAAACCAUCAACCAGCUGCUCGCUGAGAUGGAUGGGUUUAAGCCAAACGAAGGCGUGAUCAUCAUCGGAGCAACCAACUUCCCAGAGGCUUUGGACAAUGCCCUGAUCCGCCCGGGACGCUUCGACAUGCAGGUCACAGUGCCCAAGCCAGACGUGAGAGGACGCACAGAGAUCCUCAACUGGUACCUGAAGAAGAUCAAAGUGGACCCAGCUAUCGAAGCCAACAUAAUCGCUCGGGGUACCGUGGGCUUCUCGGGCGCCGACCUGGAAAAUCUGGUCAACCAGGCGGCCCUGAAGGCAGCGGUGGAUGGAAAAGACAUGGUCACGUUGAAGGAGCUGGAGUUUGCGAAAGACAAAAUCCUCAUGGGUCCCGAGAGACGGAGUGCAGUGAUUGACAAGAAGAACAAGCUCAUCACGGCUUACCACGAGUCCGGUCACGCCAUUGUGGCGUACUACACCAAAGAUGCCAUGCCGAUCAACAAAGCCACAAUCAUGCCCCGAGGCCCCAGCUUAGGACAUGUGUCCAUGCUGCCAGAGAACGACCGGUGGAGUGAGACUCGCUCCCAGCUCCUGGCGCAGAUGGACGUCAGCAUGGGCGGCCGCGUAGCGGAGGAGAUCAUAUUCGGCCACGAGUACAUCACGACGGGAGCCUCGAGCGACUUCGACAGCGCCACCAAGAUUGCCAAGAUGAUGGUAACCAGAUUCGGAAUGUGCGAAAAGCUGGGCGUGAUGACCUACACCGACAUGACGGCGCAGAGCCCCGAGACGCAGGCCGCCGUGGAGCACGAAAUCCGAGUGCUACUGAAGGAGUCCUACGAGCGAGCCAAAGCCCUGCUGAAGUCUCACGCCAAGGAGCACAAGAACCUGGCCGACGCUCUGCUCACGUACGAAACGCUGGACGCCAAAGAGAUCCAGCAGGUGCUAGAGGGCAAAACCCUGCAGACCAGAUGAAAGCAGCAGGCCCGGGUCAGACCUAAUGGCUGACUACUGCUCAUCUUCCCACCUUCAGGCUGUUCCCCUUCGUGGAGUCCCAUCAGUAGUCCUGUUGAAAAAAAACUAAACUAAAAACAAACUCCACCCUGACUUCCCUGUGCUGAGACAUAAGCAGUUUUUUAUGUGGUGCACAGAAUCAUUACAUCUUAAGCUUGUUGCUCAGGUCACUUUAUUAGUUUGUGGGAGGAAAUGAUUCGUGAAUGUAAAUAUGGCCGGCGUCCCAAUAGACUUAUCAUUUAAAAGCUGCAACGUUAAUCCAAAGACUUUGCUUUACUGUCCUGGUAAAAAAGAGCUGAACUCACAUAUGUGUGUGUGUUUGGAUGUGUUUUUUUUUUUUGUUUUUUUUCAGCUGGUGUUACUCUGAUGAAGCUUUUCCCUCCAAGAAUUUGUUCUGAUCACACAGCCCUCACUUCUGCUUACAGGUGGCCUUUUGGCUGGGGGGGGGGUUUAAAGAGGGAGGCGUGUAAAGUGGAGCUGACAGAUGACGAUGUCUCUGUGCACACAAGUAGUUCAUUUGCCCAAAUUUGUGUGUGCUGAAUGUCUGUUCCCACUGUGUGUGGGAGAUCAACAUUGACAGUAUGAAUUUGCUUUAAAAAUAAACUCUAAGUGAGUCGGUUUGCAGCAUCUUUUACUUAGUUUUCUUUUUGAUUCCCCUCCGCCUCACUCUUAACACAUAUUAUUCUCUGUUCAUUAACCCGUUCUCCUUGUUUUAAGGUGUGUGUGUGUAUAUAUGAACGGAAUGUGACAAGAACAUUGUAUAUAAAUGUAUAGUUAUGCUCUUAUGCUGUGUACACAGUGAAUGGCUGUAGAUCUUAACAGUGCGAUGACAUUCUCAAAAAUAUCAUGUGCAACUGAAAUAAAGAAGUCAAAUCUGAAGA